UGAGGAGCAGCGGCGGAGCGCGGGGCCGCCGGGAAGCCAGGGCGCCGGGACGCCCCCUGCCCAGUCCUCGCAGGCCGCCAGGCCCCCUCCAGCCGGGGCCGUGGAGCACCGGGGCAAAGGCCGGGGCCCCCCCAUGAAGGAGCGCGACGCGGCCCCGGCCGAGCGGGGCAAGCCGGCCACCUACACCGGGGACAAGAAGGCGAAGAUGGCGGCCAAGACCAACAAGAAGUGGGUCCGGCUAGCCACGGUGUUCGCCUACGUGCUCUCCGUGUCGCUGGCCGCCAUCGUACUGGCCGUCUACUACAGCCUCAUCUGGCAGCCGGUGGGCGCCGGGACGUCGGGGGGAGCCGCCGGCCCGCCCCCCAGCGGCUCCAACGCCACCGGCCCGUCUGGGACUUCGGGGGCGGCGGCGGGGCCCAACACCACCGGGUCGUCCCGCCGCGAGGCGCCGCGCGACGCGCCUCCGCUGCAGGCGGCGAGGCCGGCGUCCCCGGAGCCCGGUGCAGACAGCCCCCUGGCCGGGCCGCUCGAACGGCCGCGGGGGCCGGAUGAGGACGAAGAGGAAGCGGGCGCAGCGCCCCGGAGUCGUUGAAGCUCUCCGCGUUGGGGGCGGUCGGGAAUCAUCGUCCCCUAAGCCCCCAGGCAGGACUUUGCAGCAGGACCGGCUCCGGGGCCCGCCGGAGUGACCCUAACGCGAGCGAACGCCCCCACACACCUCAGCGAACGCCAGCUCGUCCCGGGAGCGGGUAACGCACAACCGGAUCUUCAGCCAAGGGACAGCGAUUCGCCUGGGACUCGGGGUUUGAUCUUCCCAGCACCGUGCUGCGCCAGGGCCCUGAGCCAUUAGGAGAGUUGGGGGGAGGGUGGGCAGAGCCUAGCACCCAGCCCUUGUGCGCCGCUACUCUGAUGUAUCCUAAACGCAGGGGGGUGACUUGGGCGCCCCCUCCCCAAGACUCAGGGGAAGGUAGGGAGUUGUGUAGGGGCUCCUUUUUUUAUUUUCAAUUUUUUAAUAAGCCGAGGCUCUCCAAAAGAAGAGAGCACCAAAAGUAGCGGAGCUCAGGUACGUCAACCUAGUUGCAGUGGCCAGACAUGCGUUUAAUUUAUAGAUCCCUGUAUAUAGCUGUUGACAUAUGCACUAAAAGCUAUAAUCACAUAGAACUCUAUGUAUUUCCCCACACCCUGGGUAGCUACUGAAUGUGGGGUCCAGCAAGGGCUAUUUGCUGGCCUUCAAACUAGACUUAGCCAGAAGGACACAAACAUGGCUUUCCCCCUUCCCCCUUUUCCAUCACCCAUUCUCUCACCUGUUCCCUUCCUGUUUCAGAAAGAUAAGUUUCUGACGUUCUUAGACUGCAAACAUGACAGUGGAAAAACCUUUGCAGUAGCAUCCGUUUAGGGAGGAUGGGGAACACACUGAUCCCCCCUCCCCUCCGGUUCUCACUCUAGUGCUCCCACCACCGUGGCUUCCUGUUGUAGCCCUGAGUGUCUGGAUACAUGCCAGGGGCGGUGGAGAGGAAGAGUAAGGCUGAUGUGUUUAGAUCAGUCCCUUCCCCUGGCAGAAUUCCUUUAGGAAGAGCAAGCCUUUUUAAGUACAGUGAUUGGCAAGUGUUUUCUCUCGUUCCUUUUCUGUCUCCUCAAUCAUCUUAUUUGGUUCCAGAUCUUGUCUUAUUUAAUUUCUUGCCCUUCUAUGUCUUGUCUUACUCACUUUUGCAUUUCCUAUUUUUCUGAGCCUGAAACAAUACAGUGGCUUGCUGUUAGGACAAAAAUCAGUCGCAAAGCCAGAGCUGCGAUGACGUGGCUCUGAGUUACGUUAUAGGGUCAGAAAGAGCAGAGGGGAGCAUUCGAACUCAAGAGUGUGCUUAGGCAGUGAAGAGGCCAGCCAUGGAAAGGCUGAACCUGUCCUCGGUGGUGGCUUGUCCUCACUCUCGGUGAGUUCCCACUUAAAUGCAGCCAAACA